AUGGCACCAUUGACCAGGAAACGGAAACAAAUCAGCCAUGAUGAUGAAAUCGAAGAUACCGCUGUGCCCGACAGAAACCCUGAUGGUUCGUGGUCGCAGCCAUGCUUCCGUACCAACUCACACGAGUUCAAGAAGACUCGGACAAGGCAGUUUGGCGAUGGUGAUGGCACUUCAUCUGUCCGGGACGCUAGACAUGCCUCCAAGCCAGUAACCACCGUGUCCUACGAUGAACGAGCAACUCCCCACGAGGCCAAAGUGGCUCUGGUAGGAAUGGCAGAAGGGGUCAAGAGGGCGUUGGAAACUGACGUGUUUUCCAAAAGUAGCACAAGCCAGGCUCUAUCCGAUAUCGAGACCUUGACUCUCCUCUUCGAGUUCCCGCUGGAGGUUCACCCAGUGCUGCCUUACUGGAACAUGUCUCGCCCCGACGCAGUGGAUGCGCUGACCAACGACGUCUACGAACAGGCGAAAUUGGCCUUGCUUGAUUAUCGACGGAGGGUGAGCGACUACGAACAGCUGGAUGGAUCGAGCAGUGACAUCACAUUCCCGUCUUGGAUCCAGUGGGAGAAGGAUAGCACCGAUCUUUACGAGCUGAACAGAAGCAUUAUGCUUCUGUCCAUCAAGAUUGUCGAGCAAAACGUCAUCCCGCACAUGGCUGGGUCCGUCCCGGAAAUGCGAGACGACGACGUGGAUCAAAUUGCGUGGGAGUUGCUGGACGCAUGUCGACCACGAAAGGAAACGGUAACGUGGGGAAGUGUGGCGCAGGCAAUACUGCAGACAUUGUCUGGAAUCGCGACGCUGCUGCCGAGGGGAAAAGACCUCGAAGCUCGCACGAAUUUCCGCCUAUCACUAUCCGCCAAGAUGGGUGCCCUCAAGUAUGUCGAGGAACUUCAGAAGAAGAAGCAGUCAGAUCUGAUGAGCUUCCUUCUCCGAGUGCGCUGCUGGGAAUACCGUCAACUGAACGUUAUUCACCGCGCCUCUCGCCCUUCGCGCCCUGACAAGGCUCGCCGCCUGGGUUACAAGGCCAAGCAGGGCUACGUGAUCUACCGAGUCCGCGUCCGCCGUGGAGGUCGCAAGCGCCCUGCCCCCAAGGGCGCCACCUACGGCAAGCCCACCAACCAGGGUAUCAACCAGCUCAAGUACCAGCGGUCUCUCAAGGCCACCGCCGAGGAGCGCGUCGGCCGCCGCUGCGCCAACCUCCGAGUCCUCAACUCGUACUGGAUCAACCAGGACUCCACGUACAAGUACUACGAGGUCAUCCUCGUGGACCCCCAGCACAAGGCCAUCCGCAUCGACCCCCGCAUCAACUGGAUCGUCAACCCGGUCCACAAGCACCGCGAGGCCCGCGGCCUCACCGCCACGGGCAAAAAGUCGCGCGGCCUCAACAAGGGCCACCGCUACAACAAGACCCGCGCCGGCCGCAGAAAGACCUGGCUGCGUCACAACACCACCUCCCUGUGGCGCUACCGAUAA